ACCUUUCUCGCUAAAUUCUUUCCUACUUCAUCAUAACGUCCUUCGCACACUCACUCUCAUGAACAAUUACACUUAACCGAUUAUUGAUCUAAGAUUAGAUUACAGGUUCAUGUAGAGUUGCGUGACCGUUGCUAUUGAUCUCGGCGUAAUGCAAAUUAGGCGUAUCUAGUGAAUAAUUUCGAAACCUGUUUCUUAGGAUCUUUUUGUGCGCAUACUGAUUGUUCUUUCGUGCUUCCUGUGCCAUUACUCACUAUGAUGAACUAGUGUUUAAAGAGUGAUUUCAAAAUUCUAUUAGCGCAUUUAGAACAGAAGAGUGAUAAAUUUGAAACUGGACUUCCUUUUGUUUUCAGUUGUUUUUAUUCCUUAGAUUUCAUCGGUGGAGAUUAAAUGCUGCAAUGUGGUAUAGGGUUUGUUCAAAGACAGUUUUUUAUUUUAAUUCUCAAUUUAAUUAUCGUACUGACUCAAUGAUGAUCGUGAUUUUGAGUUUAUUACAUAAAUAGAAACUGUGGGGAAAUGAUCAGUGUUGUAGAAUCACAAGCGUGAAAUUCUGGCCAGGGAAAGGGGGUUGGCCGCUGAGCAUUUGCUGUCGUAGUUACGAUUCUGGUUGCAAGUCAAAAUUAAAUGCUCGAGUAUAAAUUAAUACGAUGACAAAAUUGUGCGGUAAUAUGGUGCAGGAUGAUGCUUCCAUUUCAUGGAGGAGAAGGAAGAAGCAUUUUUUUGUUCUCAGUCAUUCUGGCAAACCAAUAUAUUCUAGGUACGGAGACGAACACAAGCUUGCUGGUUUUUCGGCAACUUUGCAAGCAAUCAUUUCCUUUGUGGAAAAUGGGGGUGAUCAUGUGAAAUUGGUGAGGGCCGGAAAGCAUCAGGUGGUUUUUCUUGUAAAAGGACCAAUUUACUUGGUCUGCAUCAGCUGCACGGAAGAACCCUAUGAGUCACUAAGGGGACAGUUGGAGCUUUUUCAUGGCCAGAUUAUUGUUAUACUAACAAAGUCAGUAAACAGAUGUUUUGAGAAGAAUCCAAAGUUUGAUAUGACACCCUUGCUUGGUGGAACAGACCUUGUUUUCUCUUCACUAGUCCACUCUUUUAGUUGGAACCCGGCUACAUUUCUUCAUGCCUAUACUUGUCUGCCUCUUGCAUAUGCAACAAGGCAAGCUGCUAGUGCCAUCUUGCAAGACGUUAUUGAUUCUGGUGUUCUGUUUGCAAUUCUGAUGUGCAGACAUAAGGUAAUCAGUCUAGUUGGUGCUCAGAAAGCCUCUCUUCAUCCAGAUGAUAUGCUGCUCUUGACCAACUUUGUUAUGUCAUCUGAGUCCUUUAGGACUUCAGAAGCAUUUUCUCCUGUUUGCUUGCCACGAUACAAUGCUUUGGCAUUUUUGUACGCUUAUAUCCACUUUUUUUAUGAUGAUACGUAUUUGAUGUUGCUGACCACGAGUUCUGAUGCAUUUUACCAUCUUAAGGAUUGUAGGAUUAGUAUUGAAACUGUCCUUGUGAAGUCAAAUGUCCUCAGUGAAGCUCAGAGAUCCUUGGUAGAUGGUGGGAUGCGUGUGGAGGAUCUUCCUCCCUUACCUUAUUCAGGAUCUUCACGUUUAGGUCAGCAUAGGCUUCCAUCAGAUUCUCCUGAAAGAUUAAGAGAACCUGAUUGUGGCAUUGGUGGUGCUGCUGGGUUGUGGCAUUUCAUAUAUCGUAGCAUUUUUCUAGAUCAAUAUAUAUCCUCAGAGUUCUCAUCGCCUAUUAAUACUCCUAAGCAGCAGAAAAGAUUGUAUAGAGCUUACCAAAAACUUUUUGCAUCCAUGCAUGAUAAAGGACUUGGGCCACACAAAACCCAGUUUAGAAGGGAUGAAAACUACGUACUGCUUUGUUGGGUAACACAGGAUUUUGAGCUUUAUGCUGCAUUUGAUCCCCUUGCAGACAAGGCCUUGGCAAUAAAGACUUGCAAUCGGGUGUGUCAAUGGGUAAAAGAUGUGGAAAAUGAAAUAUUUUUGCUAGGAGUUAGUCCCUUUUCGUGGUGAUUUUCUAUCAAAUACUGUAAACGUGUAUGAGAAUGUUCGUUUAAUAAAAGUUCUAUAGAAUUUAUUAUUUCCUCUUUUCCCCAUUGUCUUCUAUUAGGAAAUUCUUUGAUGGAAAAUUAUAUUAUUAGUAUGUCAGUGCUUACAGCGGAACUGCUGCUCGGUUGUAAAUUUUUCCAAA